UUUGGCUCGAGUCAUUUUUUUGGCAGCGUCCCAAAGGUACACUGCGGAAUUUUCCCGCCAUGGGCGCCACUGGCAGCCUGCAAGAUCAGGAUGCGUGCCUGGAUGGCAAGCACGGCAACGACAUCUCGAUCGAGUCGAAGCAAAAACCGUGCGGACAGAUUCGCGGCCAGGUGUUGGUGCCCGAGGAGGCGUGGCGGACGUAUCAGGAUAACUUCGUGGUCCAGAUGCAUGGCCUGCCCGGUUGCGGCUUCUGGCAAGGCAUUCGGUCCAGGGGUGAUUUUGAAGACCUACGCCAUGGUUUGGAGGAAGAAAAGGACUGGACAGCGUCAGCGGCCUUUGCCCAGCCGCUGGAGUAUGUGAACCUGCAGCCUUGGAAGUGGACGUGCUAUAUGCGGGACACGCGAUCUUGCUUGCAGACCUGGCUGGACGAAGUCCUCACAUCGGAUUUGUGCGGCAGCGACUCCUUCCGGGAGUUCCUGUUCCGUCAACCUCCCGCCACUUCCGGGGACGCGGCGCAGACGGUGCUGGCUCUGCCGAUCAUGGGCCACAUCCUCAGCUUCCUUGAGCAACCGUCGGAUGUGGCCAGCCUCUCGUCCUUGACGUCCAAGUCGCUGAACUACAGCGGGACCACGCUGUGCAACCGGCAAUGGGAGCGCAUGUAUGCGGAGAGAUGGCGUGCGUUCCACGAGGCGCAGGUGUACCAUUCAGAGCUGAGCCGUCAACCGGUUGAUUGGAAAUCAAUGUAUCAGCAUACCGAUGCGGGAAGGCACGAAGCACUCCUGGAGGUAUAUGACAGAGAAAAGAAGCUCGGAUUUGCCAUGUCCUGCAUGCUGGCCAAGGUCAUAUGGGACUCGCGCACCAAUUCCUACAUCGCCAGCUACGUCAGUGCAAGCCAGGUGCUGCCCGAGCGGAUCUCCUACCUCGAGACCUACCGCCUGCGCUUCUGCCCGCCCUCGGUGCGCCGGCAGCUACGCCCGGAGCUGCGCCCGCCGCAGGCGCCGGACGUGUAUGGGUACCGCGUGCUGGCAGGAGUUCCGGAUGUGAAGGCUGGACAGGGCGUGGAGCUCCAGUGGAAGAUGCAGCAGGGCAGUCCUUUCGGCUGGUGGUUCGGCAUCGUGGAGUCCCUGGAGAGGGAUAAGGCUGGACGUGCCAGGCUCACCAUGACCUUCGAGCACUUCCCCUCGAGCUCCCGCUGGCGCCGGCUGCAGAUCGUCAUCGGGGACGGCAGCACGCGGCAGUGCGCCAUCGGUGGUUGGCACGGGGGCGUCCGCGCGGUCACGCACUGCGAGCAGAAGGAGUGGGCAAAGUUCUUCCCCAAGGAGCCGGUCUUUUUCUGAUUGAGCAUAAGUUUGCAACGCAGUGCCCAGCUUGAGGACAGGAGCGCGAGCUGCAGUGUAGCGUAGCGGUAGAGUGGCCGAACUUUCCUUUUUGGAGGAUUGUUGGGUGGUGUUCGCCGUUGCGCGCAUGCGCUCACGCUUGUGCCGCAAAAGUAUUUUACUUCUCGGUCAUGCCGGCGAUUCACGUGUUGACAUGCUGACUUGUUCGUCAUUUGUUUAUUUGGGCUUUGACCAUACCCUUAUGGAAACGCAUGGCGAACUCGCCAUGCAUGGUUUUCCGCAAGGCCUUGGGGCCAACUAGCCAGACACCAUUUGAGCAGUUUGAGAUCCUUUGAAGCUGCCGCUUGUACACAGGCUUCCGUACAGAAGAGAGGCACACAGGAGGCUUGGGCCUUGCA